AUGGCCGGGGAAACUCUCCUCCCCCGCCGAACAAACCCCCCUCAGGCCCCCCGCAAGACUAGCCCCCUAGGUACUGCUAGCAGGGGAGCUAAGCUGCCAAACCUGGGCCUUUACCCGCGGCAGAAGUACCUCCCCUGGGGGGUGGUUGGGGUUGGUUGGGGGCGCUCCCAAUAUCCGACGGAAAGCUUCCUCUCUGGGCGCGGCCGGCAUGGCUUGGGCUUGGGCUGGGAAUGGCUGAAUAUAGCGGGAGAAUGGGUGCACGAUUGGAACUUGAAUGCUCAGGUACUGUACCUACUCACUCGACUGUCAAGCAUCUACUCUCCACCAUCAAACUCGUCGUCUCCACCACGACUCCAUCACUGCAGCACGUCAGAACCAGCUCGCCGGUCCACGCGGAAUUAUCCUAGCCAGACGAAGAAGCCAGGGGGAAAGAAAAAGAACAUCACGCCACUCACUCUCUUCGCCAUCAUCACCAUUCACCAACCUCACGAAGCAUCAUCAACUCGUACGUCUCAGCCACAACCCUCCCGGAACUCAAUCCAGUGUCCCUCGCCGUUGGACCAAUUACUCCCUCGUCCCACGUCGUACUCGACGUUUCCUUUGCACACCUCGCACUCGACUUCCUGUCUCAUCCGCCGUUCCAAGGUGGAUCUCCCGUCACGCGACAUGUGCGUCUCCGAAGGAUCCGGUUGCCCCAACUUUUUGUUUCCUAGUGACGAGUCUACAUCAAACCUCAUUGUUUACCACCCGGAGAGUAGGCCUAUCCCGUUGAAACAUGUCAAGCCGCCGACUCCCCGAAAAUAG